AGGUAAGUGCUGUUUUGAUUUUUGUUAGUUGUAUGUGUGUUCUGUUUUCUCGCAUUCAGCACACAUUAGAAUCAAAUCUAUUAAUGACCUGCAAACGAGAAAAAAUCCAGGGAUUCCAACGGUACAAUCUUAUUCAAAAGAAUACUUUAGAGUAGACUAUAGUAGCAAAAGUAAUAACAAAGGAAUGGAAAGCUUCCUACAAAGUGAAGAAUUGGGGGUUGUUUGUGAAGUUCUAAGUAAUCCAGCAAGCCAUAAAACAACUCAAGAUGGGAAAACUCAAGAAUCUUGCCAUGGUGUUAUGAAAAUGCCAACAGUGACAGAAGAGCUGCAUCAUUCUGGACCCACUGGCUGUGACAGACACAUCUGCAAUGAGUGUGGCGCAAACUUUAUAUCUUUGUUAAAGUAUAUGGAUCAUCUCAAUAGACAUACAGGAAACAAGCCAUAUGUUUGUGAAGAAUGCAACAAGCAGUUCUUUACAUUAUCAUAUUUGAGAAAUCAUCAGAAACUCCACUCUGCUGACUAUCAAUUCAUUUGUGAGUUUUGUGGCAAAGCAUUUAGAUUAAAAAAUAAUUUGCAAAUGCAUGAAUUGACUCAUACGAAAGAAAAACCAUUUAAAUGUGACCUUUGCGAAAAAGCAUAUACUCACCCAAUGAAUUUAAAGAUACAUAAGCAAGAACAUACAGGAGCCAAACCUUUCCAGUGUGAGACAUGUGGUAGAUGUUUCCGGACAACACACAGACUUAAAACUCACAAGAUGUCUCACACAGGUGAGAAAGCAUUCAGUUGUCUUAAUUGUGAAGCAAAAUUUACAAGUAACUCAAAAGUUAAAAGACAUAUGAGUCUUCACUGCAAACUUUCCAAGGCUGCGAAGUUCCCAAAUGACAAUAACUAAGUUUAAAUUCAAUUUGUCAAGGCUCUUCAUUAACCUUAUUGGUUCAUUC